UUCUAUAGCGACGGCGCUGAGCCGAGGCUCUUCCGAGUAGUAACAAAGCCCGGCCGCCCGCUGCCGCGCCGGGGCUGCGGGGGGACGCGGAUCCCUCUCCCGAGGACACCGCGACAGGACAAAGAGAGAACAGAAAGCAUACCAUCGAUGAUUCAUCUGUUUUUGUUAUCAGUCAUUCAGACCUUUUGGUGAUGGAUGGAUGAAUAGAUUGAGCCUAAAACUAUAAGCCAGCUUGGCAGCUGGCAGUUCUUGCCCAUGUGGAGAAGAAUAGGCUUUUCUUGUGUGCUCUCAAGUGAACCUUAGGAAGAAGUUGUUUUUCUUGGAAAAAAGUUAAGAGAGAGAACAGAAAAUACUUAAAGACAGUAAGAAGAAGAGGCCCAUGAAAGAGACUUUACUGUACCUGAUGGUUGGCAGGUAAAAUGUAUUGAUGGAAGGAUCACACUGCUUAAAAGAAUUGCUUCCUGCAUUGACCUCAAAAAAAAAAAAAAAGGACAAAGAUCUGAAUGCUAGGAGUGAGUAAAAACUUCCCAAGGAAAAGAUGGGUGCUUGGCUUGGAUUAAAGGACAUGCAGUGCACAAUCUCUAGCAGAAGUUGAAAAUGGAUGAUGCCUACUGAUGCUUUUCAAUGAUGUCAUCUCCUUUUUUCCUGUUUGAGAUGUGUGAUAGGAAAAAGUUCUAAGACAAGACUGACUGACCUCUUCAUCCCUUGACUUCUCUUUCUGCAAGUCUAAAAACCAUCUGAAGAAAUGACCACUCAGCUACCAGAGGAGUCCCUGGAGACCCAGAGCUCAGAUGAGCUUGAGUGCAAGAUAUGUUACAACCGCUAUAACUUGCGACAGAGAAAACCAAAAGUACUGGAGUGUUGUCACAGAGUAUGUGCCAAAUGCCUUUGCAAGAUCAUAGACUUUGGUGAUUCCCCACAAGGAGUCAUAGUGUGCCCAUUUUGCAGGUUUGAAACAUGCCUGCCAGAUGAUGAGGUUAGUAGUCUUCCUGAUGACAACAAUAUCCUUCUAAAUUUAGCUUGCGGGGGAAAGGGAAAGAAGUGCCUACCAGACAACCCAACGGAACUGUUGCUGACUCCCAAAAGGCUGGCAUCUCUAGUUAGCCCUUCUCACACCUCUUCUAAUUGCCUGGUUAUAACAAUCAUGGAAGUACAAAGAGAAAGUCCCCAGACUCUGAACUCAACCCCCGUGGUGGAAUUUUACAGGCCUACAAGUUUUGACUCUGUUGCAUCUGUGUCCCACAACUGGACAGUGUGGAACUGCACAUCCUUGCUCUUCCAGACCUCAAUUCGGGUGCUAGUGUGGUUGCUAGGUUUGCUGUACUUUAGUUCCUUGCCUUUAGGGAUUUAUUUACUGGUAUCUAAGAAAGUUACCCUUGGGGUUGUCUUUGUAAGCCUUGUUCCUUCGAGCCUUGUUAUUCUCAUGAUUUAUGGCUUUUGCCAGUGUGUUUGCCAUGAAGUUCUAGACUGCAUGUCAUCUUGAUAACAAAUAUAGUAAAAUAAGAUGUAUUACCAGAUGUGUAGCAUAGUUGAUUUAUCUUGUCUUUGUAUUCUUAUUUAUUCUUAUUGUUGUCCAUCCCACUAAAUGGAAGCAGUAGCCCUAGUUAUAUGGUCCUUUUUUUUCCCCUACUGAAUUUGAUUCCCCCUACCCAGAGCUUUUUUUUGAGCUAAAAAUUGGAAAUAAAAUUUACAUGUUGAUUUUCAAAGGCCAAGUUUUAGAAAGGGAUAAAGCAAAAUUGCCAAACUUGGUGCCGCCUACUGCUGCCACUGUUCAAAUGAGUAGCCCUUUGCUUUCUAUUGGCUUCAUCAAGUCAGUCCAGGCUGCAGGAUCCACCUAAAAGAAAUUAAUGUAACAGGCACCUUCCAGGUCCAAGUACUGCAUGUCUUCACCCAAAGCAUCUCAUGCUUUGGAAUAUCUGUUGUUUAUCAUCCAUUGUUGCUUAAAACAAAUUAAAUCACUUUGUUAGUUAAUAUUAAAUGAAGAAUAAGACAAGCUACCAUUGCUUUUUUAAGUUCUCGUUACAGCAAAAAUACAUGUAGGAGGCCAAUGGUUAUGAUCUCGCCAUAUUCUGCAAAAUGAGGAAUCUUUUUUUACCAUCUAAAAACAUGUCUCCAGAACACUUUCCCCAAAAGGAAGCCUAUUUUUCUUAUCACACAGUUGCAGCUCACUGUGAAAUAUUCCUGCUAGUGAGUACUCCCAGGGACCCAGCCACAUAUUUGCUGUUCUCCAGGUGCACUUAUUUCAGUGUACAUACACCUUAGGGCUUCCCUUUGAGAGUUCAGAGCUCUGCAGACUUCUCUAGAUAUGUUCUGUUGUGCUUACCCUCCCUUCCAGCAUUUCCACCACCACCCCACAUUUCCAAGCCACUAGUCCUCCUAACAAAUGAACAACCUCAUGCACAUGUACUCUGUGGUAGUUAUGCUGGAGAAUUUGACUUAUGUGACUUCAGCUCUCAAGAUAGACUUUUAUUCCCAACCAUUAGGAAAUGGAUCUUUAAUCACUAAUACAAAUUGGAAAAAAGUUCUGAAAUGAUUAACUGGUUUUUUUGUUCAUUUUUUUUCUCUUUCUGAGUUCACAGAAUGAGCAAUUUGAGGAGAUACUAUGACUUCAGGAAGGUUUCUGUUUAAGGCAUAGUUCUUCAAAAUGUUUAAUAUUCUGAACUCCCUCUGUCACCAUUGUCAGUUGAUGGCAUUCUAGAUGUGGCAAUUAGAAUGCCUUGAUUAGUGGGGCUCAGAGGAAUUACUGAUAAUUUAUCAUUCCGCAAAUAGACCCAGGCCCUGUAAGGCGUGCUUAUAUGUUGCAUGGUUUAGGCUACUUUUUGAACUACUGGAAGAGCACAAAAAUAAGUAAUAUUUAAUGUUUAUGUGUAUAACUAGGUCUAGUCAAUGCCACAACUGCAAACUGGUUUUCCUGUGCACAGCAGAGUAAAAGCUGAAACGGAGUUGAGCAGUGCAAGCCUGGUUUUAGGCACAAGAUUUAGUCAUUUCGGGGCAGUGUAAAAGGGAGAUGGGUUUGUUGCAUGAAAACUGAAUGUAUGACCCAAAAAUAUACUCUUAGAGCUAACAGACUUUGGUAAGAAUGAAAAAUGACAGUGGGAAAAGCAGAGCCUAAGUGGUUGUUGUGUCUGUCAAGAGGAUCUGAAAUUAAGCUGGUCCAAUUUUUGUAGAUGGCAAAAGUGGUAUCUACAGUUAUAUUCCUAUUGCAAACAUAGAGAAAAAUAAGGAAAUGUAAAGGUUCUGCUUUUCUUGACACUCAGUUUCUAAUAGUGCGUAUAUAUGUGUGUGUAUGUACAUAUAGACACAUAUGUAAGAAGAAAACAUAGCAAAGUUAUAGUUUUCAAGUGUUUGGGGUUAUGGAGCUGUGUAUUGAAUGAUUAAAGGAAAUGUUUCAGACUUUUCUGUAAUGACAAUAAUUAUAACUAAAAUAUUUUCAGAAUUCCUAGAAAUAACUAUUCCUAAGUAAUUGUUUUUAACGUCUGUGGUAAAGCACAUGUAGUUAGAAGAGGUAUCAUCUCCAGUUCUGGUAUACUGCAAGGUUGGACUCAUCUAUGAACUCAUAAAUUUUAAGUAUCCAACAACAAUCAUGUCAAAAAGCAAGAAAAAAAGAAACCUAUGUGGUUUUAUAGUACUUCAUAACUUUGGGAAAAGAUGUAUUUGUAGUGUUAGGGAUUUACAUGUUUUAGGAUUUGUUCAAUUUGUCUGAAUACAGUGUCUCUAAUAAAGGGCUGACUGAUAGAGGAAGUAGGUUUUGCAAAUGUGUGAUAUAUAUGUAUUACCUUUGCACAACAUGUUCUACAGUGCUACCUGUUGUCUUUUCCUUUUGAUUUUCAUCUGACUAAGUUUAUCUUAGGUCCAGUACCAGGUAUUUUCUUUUCUGUUUUAAAAGAGAGCCUAAUCUCAGCAAGAUUAGGCUGAUGCAGUGGUAUCAGUUACAUAUCACAGCAAAAAUAAAUACACCUGUUAUUAUACUUCCCUACUUUUAAGACUGCCAGCCCAUUAAAUUUAUACUGCUGUUUUAGGCUGUGCUGCAAUACUAACCCAAUCAAAAAUGCAAGCGUGCAAAAACAUAUUGAUUGUAUAGCUAUUCUGCCGCUCACCCAGAGCACAUUAUUACAGCUUUGGUGUCGUAAAAUACCUAUAUGACUUACAGUAUGGCCAUUAAGAAUUGCUGGGAGGUAAAUCUCAAUUAUUUGUGGAGAAGAUAUUUGCUGUGAGACUAGAGGAACUUCAGAUAUUACUCUUCUCUUAUUUUUAUUCUCUACCAUCCUUAAGAGUUAGAACUGAAAACUCUUGUGUCCUCUGCAGUGGAAUUACUCUGAUGAAAUCAAUGUAAAGGGGGCUAAAAUCAAGUCUGGCAUACUUGGCUGCCUGCUUUUCCUUCUCUUUCUCUGACUAUUUUUCUCUUCCUGGAAAGUAAUGACUCCUGUGGUUGUAAAAUACUGCCUGCACACCCAAGCAAUUCCCUUUCAGUGGGAUUUAUUCCUGCUAUGACCAGACAUAUGACUCAACCGGGUAAAAAGUAUUAUAAAUUCAUUACUACAGGAUUAAUUUUGUCCAAAUGAGAUUUUUAUUUUUUUUUUUAAUUCCUGCUUAUCCUAUGGAUGCAGACUGCAUCCUCACCAGCUGCUCAUUUACAGUGUGAUAUAGUGAUAUCCCCUGAGGGCUGGGGCAGGAUGAUGCAGUAGCAGCUGCUGGACACAACAUAGGAAGGAUGUUCUGAGCUGGACCAUCCUCUGAGCGAGACUCAGUGGGGGAUGACGCUCUGCCAGUGUGGCCUGAGCCCAAGAGCCUAAAGGACAAUUAAAUAGGAUGUGGGACUGGUGUUGUGCUGUGGCUGAGAAGCUGUGCAAAGCAGAGAUGGGUCUAUGCCUGGACAAAGGGGCUGUGUUUUAAAUAAGGAUUUUGGGGUACAGCUGCUGCAAACAGUUUAUUGUUUUUCAAACUGACUCUUCUGGGGUUUAAAAUUCAUUUGGUAAUUAAAAUUACAGUUGAGUGGUUUUACUUUCCAAAUUGCAAAGUAUUGAACUUUAUUCUAAUUUAAAGACAUCCUUAGAUUUGGGCGUACUCCCAAAAUAAGGGCUGAUGUAUUUGAUUUAGCUGCAUUGGGAGUUUGUCCUACUAUAUCAAUUAUAUGCCCACAAAACUCUACAUGCUAAUAUAAACCACUUCACAGAAUCACAGAAUAUGAUGGGUUGGAAAGGACCCACAACG